AUGGACGAGAGAUUGGUUAUAUUUGACGGUAAGCCUUUUACUUCCUAUUUCCCUACUCGUAGAUUAAAGCUGACUUCUCAGUCCAUAUUGAACCCUUCGGAAGGUAUUAAUCUGCAGCAUCAAAGCAUACAAACAGCGUGCCAAGCACGCAAGAGUGCAAAGCAGCAUUUAAGCAAAGCAAUAUACGAUACGCCAGAGUAUUGGAAUAUAUCCCAGGUAAUCCUUGGCUUAGAGGAUACUAUCAAAGACCUACUAUGGCAGCGUCGGAGCGAAACCCUUUCUUCCCAAGCCCACAUUCUUGAGCAGGCAAAGAGAGAGUACCUGCGACAAAAGGAGGGGAGAGAAGAGCGACGACAAUCGGCUAUUAGGAGAGAAGAAAGGUAUAAGCAACGAGCGAAGGUGCUGAGCCUUUCCAAUACCAAUAACAGAGCUACUCUGCGAGCAGCCUAUGCCGACCUCUUCCUUAGCGUCCAAGGAAAAAUCUGUAGAGAUAAACAGAACGACUUCAUUGAAUCCAUCAAGGCAGCUUACGGGUCGAAGCAGAUAGGAAACCAAAGGACUUACUGCAAUGUCCUGACGGGAGGCUGGCAUAUGAGGCAGUAUUUCGUUGCGGCACACAUAUUCCCACUGUCUUACGGCCAACAAGCGAUGGACAACAUCUUCGGAAAGGAGGCCCAUGGGGAAAUCAAUACUGCUAGGAACGGCCUUUUUCUUCCUUCUGAAUUUGAACAAGCGUUUGAUGCGUAUAAAGUUGUCAUUGUUCCCCAUGGGUCUACCACAAGCCAGCUGCGGGAAUGGCAAGUUAUUCUUCUCGACCAUCCUGGUUUAAAAGAAGUUCUUGUUUGCGGUAUAACAUUUGGCCAGCUCCAUAAGAAGAGGCUGAUAUUCCCCACUGAGUCUCGGCCUCGGACUAGGUAUCUCUAUUUUCGCUUUAUACUGGCAAUUUUGUCUUACUAUUGCCCCCGGAAGCCUGUAGACAGUGUCAACACAAAAUUGCUUGAUGCAAUGAUACCACAGCUAACCAGGGCUUGGGACAGCGAAGGCAGCUACAUAGUUGAAGGUGUUAUUUACGGAUUUCUUGAGAAAUUCGCCCAUAAUAUCCCUAUAAACCUUCAACAGAAUAUGUUAAGCCAUGGAUUUCGGGGGUUCUCUGUAACGGAAGCUGAUGAUAUUCGUAACGCUGCCCAGGGGAUGGACCUGAGAAGCGAUACAGGGGAGACUGACAGCGACGAUAGUAAUAGUGAUGACGACUUUUUUGACAUCAACGGCUGGGCAACUGACAGUUAUUUCAUGCAUGAUGAUUCGGAUGAAGAAUAA